CUGACUAAAUCUACAAACACAAGAUAGUAUUUUGAGUUCAUUUGACGCAGCGAAAGAAUACGACGAGGCUAGUAUCUACUAAGUACUUCCUCAGCUUCAAGAAGAAUACCAUGGGCCCAGAUGCAUUGGCUUUGACUGAACACCUGACAGAGACAGAGAUUCGAGAGUACAAAGAAGCUUUUACAGUCUUCGAUAAGGAUGGUGAUGGCACAGUUACAAUUAAAGAGUUGGCUACAGUGAUGAGAACACUAGGCGUCAACCCUUCCGAGGCUGAACUGAAGAAAAUCAUUGAGGAGGUUGAUGAAGACGGAAGUGGUACCAUGGACUUCACAGAAUUCCUCGUCGUCAUGUCUAAAAUGAAAAACAAUGACAAUACAGACAAAGAGCUUUACGAGGCCUUCUGUGUGUUUGACAAAGACGGCAAUGGCUUCAUCAGUCCAGACGAAAUGAAUAUGAUCUUUAGCAAUCUUGGAACUGCAAACAUUCCACACGAUGACCUUGAAGAGUUGAUGGAAGAGGCCGAUAUUGAUGGCGACGGGCAAAUAAAUUACGAAGAGUUUUACAAGAUGAUGGUGAAGCUCCGCUAGAUCGCUCAUUCAGACCACCUAAGAAAUUUGCACAUACACUCAACACAUACACUCACACCUAAACACAUGACCUAAACGAGUAUUAAUUAAAAACCUUUCUUCAUCAUUCCGAUUGAUAUUUAUUUUCUACUUGAAGAUAAGUAUAAGGAAUAAGCAACUCACCUUCAGACUAUUACGCAUGCUCAGAAAUUUGGCGGGAGACGUGUAAAGCAACCUUUCCUCGAAAAAAAGCCAUAAUCCAGACGAUGCUGAAGGAACUGAGUAAUUUAAUUAAAUGUCAGAAAUCUAGGAAAGAGGAGGGGAGGGGACUGGGGCUAUCGAACUUCACUUCACAAAGCACACGGAAUUUAAAUAAAAGAUCAUUGUAAAAGACAA